CGGAGGCGGAGGCGGCCGAAGGCGGCGAAGGCGGCGGCUGCGGUGGUUUGAAAGACAUACCAGAACCUAUAUCCAGAGAAGGAUUGCCUCCCUCAAAGUAGUCACUUUGGAGGCUCUAGUGAUACAUCUGUUGCUCUAUACAUUUUUGAAAUACCUCUUUUGGAAUUGCCUUUGUAACCUGUAGCAACGCCAAAAAUCUUUGUCCUUUGAGGGUGGAUUUUAUUUCUGGAAAGAUCCAGAAGUCAUUUGGAGCCAAGGCUGGUGAAUAAGAAGCUUAAGUGAAAAUGGUACAUGUUAGAAGAUAUGAAACAAGAAAUAAUUCUAAGACUCAAGUGCCGGCGUUGAAAUCCCGGGUUGACUGGAGACGGACUAAACGAAAUAAUAUCUUACAGUUACUUGAUAGUGAUGAAGAGCUUGAUAGUGAUGAAGAGCUUGAUAGUGAUGAAAGUGUUGAUAGUGAUGAAAGUCAUGACAGUGAUGAGAGUCAUGACAGUGAUGAAAGUCAUGACAGUGAUGAAAGUCAUGACAGUGAUGAAAGUAUUGAUAGUGAUAAAAAGCUUGAUGAUAAAGAGCUUGACAUAACUAAUAAGGCAGAAAAUAACAAAGGACACAUAACUAAGAGUGGUGACCUUUCAGAUCAUAAGGAAGAAAAAAAGAAAAAUAAAUGUAAGACCAUUAACACAGAUUAUGAAAAGGAUCUAAGUCAACAACAUAUUGAUUCUAAACAACAGAAUGACCAAAUAGUUACAGAGGAGGAUAUAGAAGAAGAAGAACACAUCACUCGAGGAAAGCGAAAAAGGGUAUCUUCUGUGAUGUAUGACAGUGAUGAUAGUGAUGACAGUGACAUUUUAGUUAGAAGAGUAGAUGUUAAGCGUCGUCGUAUAGUGGAGGAUGAUGACUGUUCUUCAGUGGAGGUGGAUCAAAAACCUCCUAAAUCUGAAAAAAGCUCAGCCAUUCGGAAACAGGAACAACUCCAGAAGCUGAAAGAGCUCUCAAAACAAAGAUCUCGUCAGAGACGCAAUAGUGGUAGAGAUUUUGAGGAUUCUGAAGAGGAAUCUUUACCAGAUAGUGAUCUUGAUGAUGAAGAUGAUGAAGAAGAUGAUGAGGAUGAGGAUGGAGAUGAUUAUAUUAUUGAUGGUUUUGUAGUUCAAGAUGAGGAAGGUGAUGAAGAAAAUCAAAACCAAUCAGGAGAAAAAAUGACUGCAUCACAGCUUCAAUUAGUGAAACGAAAUUCCCUUUAUUCUUUCAGUGACCACUAUACUCACUUUGAAAGAGUUGUCAAGGCUUUUCUGAUCAAUGCUUUGGAUGAUACUUUUCUGGGAACAUUAUAUGAUGGCACAAGGCAAAAGUCAUAUGCACAAGACAUGUUAACAUCUCUUCAUUAUUUGGAUGGCCGCUUUGUUCAGCCUCGCCUAGAAAACUUAGUUUCCAGAAGUCGCUGGAAAGAGCAGUAUAAGGAGCGGGUGGAAAAUUAUCCUAAUGUAAGUAUCCGCUGGAGGACUCCUGAAAAUUGUUCAUGCCAGGCCUGUGGACUCCAUCGAUACUGUAAAUAUACAGUACAUUUAUCAGGAAAAUUAUACAAUGACAGGACCAUGGAAACAGAUGAUUUCAUGUCACAUGACAAACAGGUUCUAAAAGUUGGCAAAGUUUGUGCUGAUCGUACUAGGAUUUACCAUCAACUGAAACAUUUCAAAUACAAGUUGUACCAGGAAUGUUGCUCUAUUGCGAAGACUGAAGAAGUUGAAGAUGAACAGGUCAAAGAAACUGUGGAACGAAUUUUCAGUCAGUCAAAAGAGAGUGGCUGGAUUCAAGAGAAAUAUGAUCAACUUGAAGAAUAUCUCAAUUUUGCGGAUUACUUUCACGAUGAGAAGUUUGACUAAGUUGUUACACUUCCUUUGGAGAAGAUUUUAUAAAAUUGCGAUGAACAUGAAGAAUAAUGAGUACUUGUUUCUGCAUACCAUGCUGAAUAUAUUUGCACAUUUUUGAAGAUUUUCAUAGCAAAAGUUCUUGUUUUUAAAUAUAUAGGUCCAUUUUAAUUUUUGUGAAAUCAAAUCAGUGAUCUUAUUUUAAUAUUUUAUCUGUGGUACAUAGAAAGCGUAUGCUAAAUAAUUUUUUAAAAGCUAAUCAAUGUAUUUUUAAAAUCAUGUCAGUGACUGUGUAAUAGAUUACUAUAUGUCAAGUAAAUAAUGAGUUGUUAAUUUCAUGCCAGUUUGAUGGAGAUAUGUUGUAUUUUAAAGUUGUAUUUAGUCUUAAAUAUUUGUGUAUUUAUUGCCUUCCCUCUCCUAAAACUUUUUGCCUGUCCAUCUUGCAGUAUUAAAUGACCUUUGCUAACUUGUCAUGCUAUGGCCUAAAUCAGUGGGCUGGAAGAAAUCUCAGUAGACCUUCAGUUCAUUUCCCACCUGUACAACCACUGCAGGACUGUACCUCAACCACCUGGACAUAAUAGUGUCAUAUGUGUUCUUAAAUAUCCCCUAGAAGGGGAUUUCAGACCUCUUACUCGUCCAUUCCAGUGUCUCACAAUCCUCACACUCAGGAAUACUUUAAUGUAGUGUCCUUUCAUGAUUUGGGAUGUUCUUUCUUUGUGCUUGGUUGGUGUUAAGUCUAGAUAUAAAUGAUUGAGGUAUAUUUUAUAUAUUUUAAAAUUGUAAAUGUUCUCAUAUCUAAGUUUAUUUAAUCUGUGGAGAUGUAAAAAUGUCAAAGGUGAUUUUUAGCCAAAAAAAAAAAAAACCUUAGAAAGUAUAUUUUGUCUUGUGCCAAAUCUAGAAAAAUCCAGUUUAGACUGGUGAAAUAAGUUGUACAGUUUCAGAGGAAACAAACGGGCCUUGUCAUUUGUUUGUCUUUUGUACUUGGAAGUCCCACUGUAGUAAAACGAGCUUUUACAGUGUGGACUUCAGUAUAAUAUAAGUUCAUUUUGGCCCUUUUCCGAUGUGGCUUAGAUACAGGAAGUAUCAAAUGGACACCAUUAUAAUAUGGUCUCAACAAUAUGUUCCAUGGUGUAGGUACCAACAACGGAGUCUAGUGAGGCUUUGGUGUCUAAAUCUGGGUACUAUUAGAGACUGCUUAAUUAUCGUGUUUCUUCAGUUCAUUUCUUAAAUAUGGCUCCUCUCAUAGUAACAUACUAAAAAAAAUCCCAGAAGACAGAGUGGAUUUGUCUGUGUAUAACAGUAUUGUGGAGCACACAGUCUUAAAAGUGUGGAUGACUGAAAUUUCACUUGUAGACCUCUUAAUCCUUCUGGAUGGCUUGUGAAAAUAAUUCUUAGCCGUUUUUUAGGGAAGGAAAUAGACACAGAGUUGGAAUAAGAGGAUAAACUGUUCCAAGAGGAACUGUUUAAGCAAGGAGAGAUUGGGAGACAAGUGAUGUUCAAGUUGAAAGGUGGAUGGAGCAUGAGAAGAUGUGAUCAGUGAAUUGGAACAAAGAAGGGCAGGAGAAACAAAACAAAACAAAAAAUGGCUUCCUCUACUGUACUUGACUCUUGAACUCUGGAAAGUCCAGGGCAAGACAGAGAGGCCGGUGAAGUGCCGUGACUGGAUAACUCUCGAAAUGCAACUAGAGACCAGUGAGCCGAGGCAUUUUAUGGAGUGAAUGCCAGUGUGGCUGCAGCUGAGAAGUGCUUAUGAGGAGCUUCUCAGAUAGACCCUGAGAUCACUAUUCCCACUCCUACCCCAGAGCUAUCAUUGUUUGUCUUACCUAAUGCAAAAGGAAAAGUUUUGAGGAGCAGGAUUUUAGAAAUAUUUUUAAAAGAAAAACCACUAGGAACUAUUAGAAAGGGACAGGCUGUUAGGUGAUGCACUUGGUGCCAGUCAGCGAUGAAGAAAAAUGGUUUGGACCAAAAGCAGUCUGUAGGCAAAUUAAGAAUUCUGAUGAUAUAGAAAUAUCCUCAGUGUUAGUAUAUUUCAGCCACUGUUGAUGAUAGUAGAUACAUCAUCUCGGUAGCAUUUGAAAGAACUGAAGAAUUUGUGAACUUGUUAAACUUUCUCAUGGGACACUGAAUAGGGGUGAAGGAAGGGAGAACUACCUAGAAGAGUAGUUGGUUUUCCAAAGGUAGUUGUGAUUACAAUUUCAUUUGUCCAAAUCAAGUAAAUGGAGACUGGUUGUGGCAGUAGGGGAAGAAAAGGAAAGGAAGGAAGAAGUAUUUUUAUUGGACAAUUGUAGUCUAAGGAUCUGCCUUCUCCUUUUGCCCAGCAGCAUUGUUUGAGGAGAGAAUGGUAGUGCUAGGUGGUUAUAGAAGCCAAUCAUUUUUUAGGCUGGCCACUCUAAACCACUCUCCCCACCCUCUCAUCCCCAGUGAGGCUCAGGUAUGAGGCCUGCUUAAGUCAGGACAGCUAGAAGUUUGAAGCCUAGUCCAUGAGGUGCCCCAUGGGUGGUUUGCCCUAGGAACCAUUAGUAACACUCUUCUACUUUACUGAUUCUCUUUUCAUAUUUCUCUGUUUCCUUUUAGGACUCAUCCUCCUUCUGAUCCCUCUCCUCUCUCUCUCUCUCUCUCUCUCUCUCUCUCUCUCUCAAAACUCUUUGCUAUGGCACUUAUAUUUCUACUCAUGGCUUAAGCUAUCAUUUCUAUCUGAAAUAAUUUCCAAAUCUGUGUCUCCAGCCAUGACUUUUCUUAAUUCUAGAUCUUUAUCUCCAGCUGCCUGCAAAAUAUCUUAAUGUAGAUGUCCCACUGGCACUUCCAACUCAAUUUAUUUGGCGCUGAGCUUAUUAUCUUGCCCCCUCCCCUCUCCCCUGCUAACCCCUGCUCCCUCCUCUGCUUCUCUGUUUUUGCCAUUCACACAUGCAUUCACUGAGUCUUCUGUGUUCAGAUUCUUAGUGUUAAUUUGACUCUUUCUUUUCCCUAACUCCUAUCUAAAUUAGUCACCAAGUCCUGUGGAUUCCACAGCCAUCUUCUCUUUAUUCCAACUGCCACCACCCAGUAUAGACAUUACUACCAUUUCCCCUAAUUCAUUUAUAUGAACUCUUUCCCUUUCUAAUCUAUCCUUUAGCAUGGUAUAGUAGAUAGAGUGUUAAACUUGGAGUCAGGAAGUUCUGGGUUCAGAUCCAGACUCUGACACUUACUAGCUGUGUGACCAUAGGCAAAUCACUUAACCUCUCUGAGCCUCAGU